UUCUUUUUUAUUUACUUGAAAAAAAUGAUACUGUAGUUUAAAAAGAUAACAAAGUUUUUUUUUUCCUUAUGAUACAAAAGGUAAAGAGACAAUCCUCUUUAUUUACCACUUUUCUUUACUCGGUUCGUAAAGACAUAACCAUUCUAUUAAAUGUUUUUGCUCAAUUCUGCCACUAAAUUUGCUGUUUGAGAGGAGCAAGCAGUGUCACAGUGCUUGCAUAGGAUGGCCACGGCAUCAAUCUCCUUUGCAAGAUCACGGUAGCAAAUGAAAAAAAUCUUCGUUUUAGUCCCCAUAAUGUUAUAAACUUGUCCUCUGAAACAAUUCCAUCUGUUUCCAUCCGUCGAUAACAAUUGAGCCUCAGGUGUUCGACGAAAUGUCAAGCCGAGUUUUCAUGAAAAACGGGUUGAUGAGUGUAAUGGGCACUCAUAUUGUGAACUUUCUAACCAAACACAAACAACAACAAUCAUUCGGUGUUUCCAUUUCCAUUCGAUCAAAAACAACGGCUAUCCAAUAUGUAGAAUCGCGAGCUAGAGACCCCACAUUUGAGAAACUAAUGGAUAAGUAUAAGAACCUUCUCAAAGUCAUUGCCAUUCAAGACCUUAUCCUUGCUAACCCCAAAAACCAAUCAGUUUCUGUUGAUUUCCUAUCCAAUCUCUCACAAAGGCUCCAUCUCAACCGUGGUGCAACUGCCUUCCUCCGCAAGUAUCCUCACAUCUUCAACAUUUACUACGAGCCUUCCAAGUUGCAGCCCUUUUGCAGGUUAACUGAUGCAGCUCUUGAUGUCUCGCGUCAGGAAGCUGAGGCCAUUAAUGCUUCUUUGCCUCUUGUUGUUGAAAGACUUGUUCGGAUAUUGUCCAUGUCUGCUUCCAAAACUGUUCCUCUUAGAGCUAUUUUCAAGGUUUGGAGGGAGCUUGGCCUUCCUGAUAAUUUUGAGGACUCGAUUAUAGCUGCUAAUUCUAGUAUUUUUCAGCUUUGUGAUGCGGAUGAACUGAAUACUCAUUUGUUGAAGCUGGUUGGUGAUGUUCCCAACAAUGGUUUUAGAGCUGCUGUUGAGGAUUGGAGGGUUAUUGAGUGUUGUAAAGAGGAUUGCAGUGUUAAUAGCAUGGAAAUGCCGUAUAGUUUCCAACACCGGUAUCCUCCAGGGAUGCGGUUGAGCAAGAACUUCAGAGCCAAGGUGAAGGAAUGGCAGAGUUUACCUUAUAUGGGGCCUUAUGAGGUGGUCAGCGAGCAAAAGAAAUCGUCUAAGCAUGCAAUGGUGGCAAUGGAGAAACGCGCAGUGUCCAUUGUUCAUGAGUUUCUGAGUUUGACAGUGGAGAAGAUGGUGGAAGUUGAGAAGAUAAGCCAUUUUAAAAACUGGUUUGGGAUUGAUUUUAAUAUAAGGGAUCUGUUCCUGGAUCACCCGGGGAUCUUCUAUUUGUCAACUAAGGGAAAAAGGCACACUGUUUUCCUGAGGGAAGCUUAUGAACGAGGGUGUUUGAUACACCCAAAUCCUGUCUAUGAUGCAAGAAGAAGGCUACUUCAUCUUGUUUCUUUAGAACGCCGGGGUUUACCUGCUGUUAAUUCCAAGUUGCAGGAUAGAAACAGUAGCAACGAGGUUGAACAAGGGGAAAACAUGCAAAAAAUUGAUUCGUUAUCAUCUUUUGACUAAAGCAUCAUUUCAUUACAACUUUGUCUAGUUUUAUUGUAUCAUGAAAACAUUUUUAGUUUUGUCUAGUUUUAUUGUAUCACGAAAACAUUUUUAGUUUAGUUGUACUACAAUUCCAAGUUUGAUUGAAGUUAAUUGCAUUUUAAGUUUAAAUUAAAAUGCAUUAUGUGUGUGUAUUUUUUCCAAUGCUAUUUGUAAUUGUAUAUCAUUUUCCCUUCUCUUUGUGAUCAAUGAACAUUUUCCCGUACAAAUUGAAUGUAUGUCAAUGUUUUACACUCAUCUCUGAAGAGGCAUAAGUAAUACCUGCUGCUGGGAAUACAGUGCCGGGGAUGCUGAUAGUGCAAUUUUAUCAGCAUUCAUUCUACUAGUAGUCGAGAAACAACAUCAGUUGGAGUUACACCCCAGUUAUUACCACCUCCACCUUUGACUUGUAAUCACACAGUUCUUUCUUUCACAUUUUGAUUUUCUUGUAGAUGUUUUAUACCAUGUAUGAUUGUCAACUACUUGAAAUGGCGGUGAUAUGGCGGUGAUUUUUAAACAUAUAUUUUAUUUAUUUGAUUUUGUUUAUUAAUUUUGAGCAUAUAUAUGCCCAUUCUAUUUAUAUGUUCACCCUAUUUCUAAUCUAGAGGGUCACUGCUCUUCUGGAUUGGUGUUGGUGUUGGGCUUUCUACUCUACUUUCAUUGGUAGCUACAUGGAAGGUGAGUCCCACUUUAUUGCAAAGCAUGGGUGUAAACCGGUUUGUCAUUUGAGUUCUACUGUAAGAUAUUGGGAGCAUAUCAAGUUGAGGAAUGGUUUAUUGUCAGAAUGAUGGCAAGUCUUUUCAUGAAGUUACAAUAAUUGCUCAGUCAAACAUUAUCUUUUGUGGAUUCUUUGUAGAAGUAGAACUUCAAAAGACAGCCUUGGAAUUUUCUGUACCCUUUUUGUACAAUAUCAACAUUUGUGUUUUAAUCUGCUUUCAGAAAUAUGCAAUGCAACAAGCUUUGAAGACCUUGAUGAUGGGCCAGAUGGAUACACAAAAUAAUCAAUUUGACAGUGCAAGGCCUGCUGCACCUUCUAGGUCUGCAGGUUCACAUUCUCAAGCAAUUUCCGCAUAAAGUGCAUCUCAAUUCACUGUCACAGCAGACAUACCUGCAACAAAAGUAGAAGCAGUGUUAGGCCCAUUCACCAAUGUUAAAGAUGAAGUGGAAGUAUAGGAUGAACCCACAAAAAUUGGUCACGCACAAUCUAAUAAUCUAAGCUCAGCACACCCAUUUCUUUCUUGUUGGAUCACAUGUACUACAUGUGCAAUUUAUACUGGUAAUUUUGUGUCCACUAUGAGAGGUAUAUCUUGUAAGAAUUUUGGUAAAAGUUUUGUCGCUUCGCACUACAGUUUUAUUAUAUGGCCUGUUUAUGUGGUUUAGUAUUGUUUUAUAUGUCUUUUAAAGCUGGAUCAAAAUUUGAAUUGAUAUAUGGUGAACUUCAAUUCAAAGUCUUUAUUUUUUUAUAAAUAUUAUCCAUGGUGUGUCUUUCAACGACUGUUGUCAAUUGGCUCAGCCUACUAUAUGAUGCUUUAUUAGUCUUGCCAUGAAUACCUGUAGCUUUCUCUUUGUUAUGAACUUUAUAAUAGCUUGAGUGAGUGUAUGCUACUGCAUUAUUUUUAAGCUUUGCUUCCAUGUAAGUAUCCUGUGACAAACUAGAGAGUGCUCCCUAAAGUGGAAUCAACUGGUUUGGUCAGCUGUUGAAUGCGUCACUAGUCGACAUGCAGAUUUGUCUUCUAGUUUAUUCUUACUGACAUGCUAUAAUCGUAGUCAGCAGGUUCACUUUUUUAGUGAUUUGCAAUUGCAACAUACUGUUAUGAAUUAUACAAAAUAGGAAGUGCGCCCAUACUAAUUUGCGUGAAAUUUUUAAAAAAUCCUGAUAUAUAGUAUUUAUUACAGGUUUUGUAGAUGUUUCUCCAGAAGAAACCAUGCAGAAGAGUCCUUUACAAAGCUUUAAUGAUGUUGAUGAAUCAUGUUCAUUCAAGGAAGCCUGGGCUAUCUCAGAAGUGAUUUUUUAAGAUUAUAGUUUUUGCUAAAUAUGUUUAGUGAUCUGUGCAGACAUUUAUUUAGGGCUUCUCAAAAUGGAGCUCCCUCUAACGAAGGUUUUGGCAAUUCACCAGGUUCUCAAUCUGCACGUUAAGUAUAGAGUCAGUUGAAAUUGAAAAAUUUAUACGUUUGCUUUAUUGCUGGAAGGAAAAUCCUGUAUAGUGUGAUACAUCUAUUUACACUUAGUUUGUCAAGGAAAUGCAAUGUCACUACUCAUUGGCAUUAUGGGUUGCAAUUAAUAUAAAUCUUUUUUUGUUA